AUGGACGAGUAUGAAAUGGAAAGAAAAAUCAGCGAUGCUUUUCUCACAUUGAAAAAUACAGUUAAAAAAGCACUAAACGAUAUUAAAGGUGAUGAAGAUCUUCAGCAAUUUGAAAAAACAAGUCAAAAAUUAGCAUCUGAAAUAAACAGCAUUAAGAAUCUUAUCAAAGAAGUCAAUGAUUCAGUCCCAGAAAAAGAUAUUUUGACCCAAAAACUAGAAAUCCUUAGAAAAAGAAAACAGGAACAAGAAAACCUUAUAAGAAGCCUUACUAUGGUCACAAAUGGAGAAGCAAGCUCUCCAAUGGACUUAGACCGUGGUAUUUAA